AUGUAUGGCGGGGAUGAGUACCCGCCUAUCCGUUCCUGUACCGUCCCUCCUUUCCCGGUCAAGCGCCGGACUGCCGAUUUCGACGACCACAACUUCGACGACGACGGUUCAAGACAUAAGAGAUACAGAUCUUCUCAGGAUGUGCACAGGGAUAUUGUGGGACACGGAGUUGGGAGUUGGUCGCAACAUCAUCAUUACCAUCAACAACAACCUGUUCAGGAAGGACGUGGAGAGGAUAUAAGGUUCAUGGCCGCUCGGGGCGUUCAAGAUCAACAAUACCGGCAUCAGGUUCACUUUCAUGCAGCGCCAUACCAUCAGCAGCAGCAGCAGCAGCAGCACCACCACCACCACCACCACCACCAUGCGCACCACCAGCAAACACAACCACGCUCCCGGUCCCCAGAACCAAGCUCAUGUUCCAUGGAGAGAACUGCAUCAGGCCACUCGAUCAGAGCCGAACCAACUCCAGCAGGUCCCGGCGGCGGCACCGAGUUAUUAGAGGAUGACAUAGCAGCAGAGAGGGUCAGGGCUCACAUGGUCAACUUCCGACGCAAGUUUCCCGACUCCAAGCACGAGCGCAUCCUCCGGAGCAUCAUCAACCCACGGAUAAACGCCGAAGACGAACUGGACAACGACUCCCUCGAAAGUAUCUUCUCCGCCGCCAACGAGAUCUUCUUCAACGGCCGUCUGAGCCAGCGGGUACGUUGGGACUGGUCAGACGAGUCAAGCACGCGGUACGACAGCCGGGUCAUCGGGACAACUGCUUUGCGAAGGGCACAUCCGACUACGAGGGGGUUUGAAACGCUCAUAGUGCUAUCGGCGCCUAUACUCAAACACUCAAAGUACAGCCGACGACUGCUCAUUUCGACGUUCCUUCAUGAGCUGAUUCACAGUUACCUGUUUAUCUGUCGCGGGUUCCGAGCGAGGGAGUGUGGCGGACACACCAAGGGGUUUCUUACCAUUGCAAAACUGGUUGACGACUGGGCGGGCCCGGAGAGUGCUCUCUACUUGAGCGAGGCGGAAGCAGACUUGGAGCGGUUUCGGAUAGGGGGACAACACCAUAACAGCAACAGGUCCCACGGCUGUGGACGGUUCGAACAGAGGGAGCACAGCUUUUACCCGUGCUCGGGGAUUAUGGAGCAACGAAGGGAUCAUGCGACGACCGUCGAUAUUAGGAGUCACAGUAUUACUCCUAGCAGUGGUAGUUCGCAUACAGCCGUCCAUGAGGAUUACUACCGCGGCAACAGGAGUAACAGCGUUGUCAGCAGCAACACCAGCAAUGCCAGCUGGUGGAUCCAGUCUGUCCCUGUUCCAUCUUUCUGUACUGUCGAGGAAAGGGGUUCGUUUAUACGUUUCAGUUGA